CAGUCCUCCCGUCUUGCGCCGCGGUCGCGAGAUCCGUGUUUCUCCCAAGAUGGUGGCGCUGGGUUCGGGGUGACUACAGGAGAGACAGGGCCUUUUACCAAUCGCCAGGAUCCCGACGCACCACACUUCGCUCGCUCGCGCACCCUGCCGCCGCGUAGUUAUCUGCCGGCCCGGGCGCCCGCCAUCCGCCUCCGACUUACGCUUCACCUCUGCCGACCCCGAUCGCAGGCGGCGGCGCCUCCCUCAGCUUCUCGCAGUAGCUCGCGGCCUGUAGCCCCUAGCAGGAGGGCCCCGCAGCCCCCCAGUGUAGACAGCGGCGGCUAGCUACGAGUGCCGGGUUUUCGGCGGCCGAGGCGCCCCGUUUCCCGGCCUCGGUUUCCGGAGAAGGAAGCGCGGGUCCCGCAUGAGCCCCGGCGGUGGCGGCAGCGAAAGGGAACGAGGCGGUGGCGGGCGGAGGCGGUGGGCGAGGGCGACGACGACCAGUGAAGCGGCCGCAGCUGCGAGGGCCGCAGCCCAGGCGCGGGGGCGACGACAGGUUAAAAAAUCUGUAAGAGCCUGAUUUUAGAAUUCACCAGCUCCUCAGAAGUUUGGCAAGAUAUGAGUUAUUAAACCUACGCUCAGAUCAAGUUAGCAGCUAGACUGGUGUGACAACCUGUUUUUAAUCAGUGACUCAAAGCUGUGAUCACCCUGAUGUCACCGAAUGGCCACAGCUUGUAAAAGAUCACCAGGAGAACCUCAGUCUGACGACAUUGAAGCUAGCCGAAUGAAGCGAGCAGCUGCAAAGCAUCUAAUAGAACGCUACUACCACCAGUUAACUGAGGGCUGUGGAAAUGAGGCCUGCACGAAUGAGUUUUGUGCUUCCUGUCCAACUUUUCUCCGUAUGGAUAACAAUGCAGCAGCUAUUAAAGCCCUCGAGCUUUAUAAGAUUAAUGCAAAACUCUGUGAUCCUCAUCCCUCCAAGAAAGGAGCAAGCUCAGCUUACCUUGAGAACUCGAAAGGUGCCCCUAACAACUGAGAUAAAAUGAACAAGAAGGAAGGAAAAGGAGCAAGAAUUGAUUUUAAAGAUGUGACUUAUCUAACCGAAGAAAUAGUGUAUGAAAUUCUUGAAUUAUGUAGAGAGAGAGAGGAUUAUUCCCCUUUAAUUCGUGUCAUUGGAAGAGUUUUCUCUAGUGCUGAGGCAUUGGUACAGAGCUUUCGAAAAAUCAAACAACACACUAAGGAAGAACUGAAAUCUCUUCAAGGAAAGGAUGAAGAUAAGGAUGAAGAUGAAAAAGAAAAAGCUGCAUGCUCUGCUGCUGCUAUGGAAGAAGAUUCAGAAGCAUCUUCCUCAAGGAUAGGCGAUAGCUCACAGGGAGACAAUAAUUUACAAAAAUUAGGCCCAGAUGAUGUGUCUGUGGAUAUUGAUGCUAUUAGAAGGGUCUAUACCAGAUUGCUCUCUAAUGAAAAAAUAGAAACUGCCUUUCUCAAUGCACUUGUAUAUUUGUCACCUAACGUAGAAUGUGACUUGACGUAUCAUAACGUAUACUCCCGAGAUCCUAAUUAUCUGAAUUUGUUCAUUAUUGUAAUGGAGAAUAGAAAUCUCCACAGUCCUGAAUAUCUGGAAAUGGCCUUGCCAUUAUUUUGCAAAGCAAUGAGCAAGCUACCCCUUGCAGCCCAAGGGAAACUGAUAAGACUGUGGUCUAAAUAUAGUGCAGAUCAGAUUCGGAGAAUGAUGGAAACAUUUCAGCAACUUAUUACUUACAAAGUCAUAAGCAAUGAAUUUAACAGUCGAAAUCUAGUGAAUGAUGAUGAUGCCAUUGUUGCUGCUUCAAAGUGCUUGAAAAUGGUUUACUAUGCAAAUGUAGUGGGAGGGGAAGUGGACACAAAUCAUAAUGAGGAAGAUGAUGAAGAGCCCAUCCCUGAGUCCAGUGAAUUGACACUUCAGGAGCUUUUGGGAGAGGAAAGAAGAAAUAAGAAAGGUCCUCGAGUGGACCCAUUGGAAACUGAACUUGGUGUUAAAACUCUGGAUUGUCGAAAACCACUUAUCUCUUUUGAAGAGUUCAUUAAUGAACCACUGAAUGAUGUUCUGGAAAUGGAUAAAGAUUAUACCUUUUUCAAAGUAGAAACAGAAAACAAGUUUUCUUUUAUGACAUGUCCCUUUAUAUUGAAUGCUGUCACAAAGAAUUUGGGAUUAUAUUAUGACAAUAGAAUCCGCAUGUACAGUGAACGAAGAAUCACUGUUCUCUACAGCCUAGUUCAAGGGCAGCAGUUGAAUCCAUAUUUGAGACUGAAAGUCAGACGCGACCAUAUCAUAGAUGAUGCACUUGUUCGGCUAGAGAUGAUUGCUAUGGAAAAUCCUGCAGACUUGAAGAAACAAUUGUAUGUGGAAUUUGAAGGAGAACAAGGAGUUGAUGAGGGUGGUGUUUCCAAAGAAUUUUUUCAGCUGGUUGUGGAGGAGAUCUUCAAUCCAGAUAUUGGUAUGUUCACAUAUGAUGAAUCUACAAAAUUAUUUUGGUUUAAUCCGUCCUCUUUUGAAACUGAGGGUCAGUUUACUCUGAUUGGCAUAGUCCUGGGUCUGGCUAUUUACAAUAACUGUAUACUGGAUGUGCAUUUUCCCAUGGUUGUCUACAGGAAGCUGAUGGGGAAAAAAGGAACUUUUCGUGACUUGGGAGACUCUCACCCAGUUCUAUAUCAGAGUUUAAAAGACUUACUAGAAUAUGAAGGGAAUGUGGAAGAUGAUAUGAUGAUCACUUUCCAGAUAUCACAGACAGAUCUUUUUGGUAACCCAAUGAUGUAUGAUCUAAAGGAAAAUGGUGAUAAAAUUCCCAUUACAAAUGAAAACAGGAAGGAAUUUGUCAAUCUCUAUUCUGACUACAUUCUCAACAAAUCAGUAGAAAAACAGUUCAAGGCUUUUCGAAGAGGUUUUCAUAUGGUGACCAAUGAAUCUCCCUUAAAGUACUUAUUCAGACCAGAAGAAAUUGAAUUGCUCAUAUGUGGAAGCCGGAAUCUAGACUUCCAAGCACUAGAAGAAACUACAGAAUAUGAUGGUGGCUAUACCCGGGACUCUGUUCUGAUUAGGGAGUUCUGGGAAAUCGUUCAUUCAUUUACAGAUGAACAGAAAAGACUCUUCUUGCAGUUUACAACGGGCACGGACAGAGCACCUGUGGGAGGACUAGGAAAAUUAAAGAUGAUUAUAGCCAAAAAUGGCCCAGACACAGAAAGGUUACCUACAUCUCAUACUUGCUUUAAUGUCCUUUUACUUCCGGAAUAUUCAAGCAAAGAAAAACUUAAAGAGAGAUUGUUGAAGGCCAUCACGUAUGCCAAAGGAUUUGGCAUGCUGUAAAACAAAAUAAAAACAAAAACAAAAAAAAAAAGGAAGGAAGAAAAAAAAUGAAAAAAAUUAAAAAAUUUUAAUAAAUAUAACGA